AUGGGUCUUCUCACUCUCGUCGAAGACAGGCCUACGCCUAAGGAGGUCUACAACUGGCGCGUCUAUGCCUGCGCUGCUGUGGCCUCGUUCGCUUCUUGCAUGAUAGGUUAUGAUUCUGCCUUCAUUGGAACCACUCUGGCACUUCCCUCGUUCUCCACGGAGUUUGGUUGGGGUAAACUGCCCAAGGAUGAGGUCACAUUCAUCAAGGAGAACAUCGUCUCGAUCUACCAAGCUGGAGCUUUCUUCGGUGCGCUCAGUGCAUACAUCAGCGCUCACUACCUCGGUCGCCAAAAGUCUCUCUGGGUCUACGUCGUUGUCUUCAUGAUCGGUGCCGGUGUCAUGCUCAAGGCCGCUAACGGUGACCUCGCUCCAAUCUACGCCGGUAGAGUCCUCACUGGUCUCGGUGUCGGUGGUGCCUCCAUGGUCGUCCCCAUCUACAUCUCUGAGAUUGCUCCCCCUGCCGUCAGAGGUCGUCUGGUCGGUAUUUACGAGUUGGGAUGGCAGAUUGGUGGGCUUGUCGGUUUCUGGAUCAACGUACGUACAAUCGAGGGUUGCCCAAGAAUCAAUACUGACUACUUCCCAGNNUACGGAAUCUCAGAGACAUUACCUAGCAACCACAAGCAGUGGAUCAUCCCCUUCGCCGUGCAGCUCAUCCCUGGUGGUAUGCUCGCUCUGGGUGCAAUCUGGCUCAAGGAGUCUCCUCGUUGGCUAUUCUCCAAGGGCAAGAGAGAGCAGGGUCUUAAGAACUUGCUAUGGAUUAGAAAUCUUCCCGCCGACAACUUCUACAUCGUUGAGGAAAUCUCAUUCAUCGAGGCUGCUCUUGAACACCAGAAAUCAUCUGUCGGUCUCGGGUUCCUCGACCCCUUCAAGGCUGUCUUCAAGAGCCGCAGCCUCCAGUGGCGCGUCUUCCUUGGUACCACACUCUUCAUUUUCCAGAACGGGUCUGGUAUCAAUGCUAUCAACUACUACUCGCCCACAGUCUUCAAGAGUCUUGGUGUCGUUGGUGGCAACACCUCCUUCCUCACUACUGGUCUGUUCGGUGUCGUGAAGACCGUCUUUACCUUGAUUUGGCUGUUUUUCCUGAUCGACAAGUUUGGACGCCGUAAUCUACUUCUCGUUGGAGCCAUUGGCGGUGCUUCGUGCAUGCUCAUUCUUGGUGGAUACCUUGCCAGUCCUUUGGUCGACACCUCAGCGGCUGCAACAGCUGUUGCCAAGCCUCUUUCCUCUGGCGGCAUUGCCGCCGUCUUCUUCUUCUACCUUUGGACUGCUUUCUACACACCCUCAUGGAACGGUACUCCUUGGGUUCUCAACUCGGAGAUGUACGAGCAGAACGUUCGUUCUUUGGGCCAGGCCAUGGCUGCUGCUAGCAACUGGUUCUGGGUAAGUUCCUUCAAUUUUGUAUCUCAUGCACAACAACAUGCUAACUAUCUGCCAGNNAACUUCAUCAUCGCCAGAUUCACUGGUCAGAUGUUCGCCAACAUGGGCAAGUCAGGAUGUGGUGUCUACUUCUUCUUUGCUGGCAUGAUGUUGCUUUCCGUUGUAUUUGUGUGGUUCUUGAUCCCCGAGACCAAGUCAGUUCCUCUGGAGUCCAUGAACAGAGUCUUCGAGAUCAGACCCUGCCGCAAGGCCAAUGCCAUUGUCAUGCGCGAGGUACAGGAAGCCGAGGCAGAGUUCCGCGAGGAUGCCGAAGGUGCUGGCCUGAGUCUCGAAAAGAGCAAAGUUGCUCAUGUCGAAGACAGCACCGUUUAG